GGUUCAACAUGUUGAUGCCCAAGAAGAAUCGCGUGGCCAUUUAUGAAUAUAUCUUCAAGGAAAGUGUCCUUGUGGCAAAAAAGGAUUUCUAUGCACUGAAGCACCCCGAGCUGGAGGCCAUCCCCAACCUCCAAGUCAUUAAGGCCCAUCAAUCCCUCCAGUCGCGCGGCAAUGUGAGGGAACAGUUCGCGUGGCGCCACUACUACAGGUACUUCACCAACGAGGGCAUCCAGUACCUACGGGACUUUCUGCAUCUGCCACCCGAGAUUGUGCCCGCCACCUUGAAGCAGCAGUCUCGCCUGGAGGCACCCAGCCGAAGGUGUAAAAUGACGCAAGAUAUACAUAGCAAAACAACAGAUGACCGCAGUGAUUAUAGGAGAGCACCCGGUCUAGACAAGAAGGGUGAUGUUGGGCCAGGAACAGAUGCCAACUUUGACUUUCAGGGAGGCUUCGGACGUGGACGUGGAGCUCCACAGUAAAGGACUUGAAGGCCCGCCUAGAAGCUUGUAAAUAAAACGAAACUUUCUUCAGACAAA